UAAACGGGAAUAUGUGCCUCAAUAAAUAAAUCAUUCUCGCUGUAUUCACAAUGGUGACCUGGGCUGUACUCCUUUUAACGUCGGCGGUCGCGGCGACGGCGGUGUUCGAACACAACAAGAUAGUCGGGGGCGAGGAGACGACGGUCGAGCAGUACCCCUCCAUCGUGCAGGUGGAGUUCCUGCUAUCCACCGGGUGGGACCAGAGCUGCGGCGGCACAAUCCUCACGUCCUCCGUGGUGGUCAGCGCUGCUCACUGCUUUGUCGAGGACGAAGCCCGUAACGUAGUCGUGGACGUGGACACCCGGCGCAUCCGAGCGGGUUCCUCCAUCAGGAACUCCGGGGGCACCAUCGUCAAGCUGAUCUCGUUCCGGAACCACCCGGAGUUUGGCAUUCUUGCGGAAGACGACGCGGACAUCAGUCUGCUGUACCUGGCGCAGGAGCUGGUGUUCAGCGCCUCGGUGCAGCCGGCGCCCAUCCCGCCGCAGGGCGCGCAGCUGCCCGACGACUCGGCGGUCACCCACGCCGGCUGGGGACGCACCACGGAUGGCGGGCAAACCUCGCCGGUGCUGCGUGAGGUGACGAUCUACACGGUGAACCACGCGGAGUGCGCGGACCGCUGGGUGUCCGCAAUCACGGAGAACAUGAUCUGCGCCGGGAUCCUGGACGUGGGCGGCAAGGGCUCCUGCAACGGUGACUCGGGCGGCCCGCUGUACCACGACGGCUGCCUCGUGGGAGUGGUCUCGUUUGGCGCUAUCUGCGCUGACGCCCUAUUACCGGGAGUGAGCACCCGUGUGUCUGCCUACACUACCUGGAUCUUGGACAACAAAGACAAUCCGGUUUGAGUAACUGGACAUAUACGUUUUUGUAUUAUACAAAUAUAUAGGUAUAUGUUUACAUAUAGUAUACCUAUGUGAUUUUAUUCAAUGUUUGUCCUAAGUUAUAGUUCGUUUUUGGGUCUGAACAUUCACGACA